AUGUCUACUGUCUCUUCUUCCAACAUGGGUUCUGCCCACAAUGUCUUCACCUCUUUCGACAAGAGCAUGUCGAUUAAGCACCCUUCUCACGGUUCCACUGAGAACAUAGAUGUUCAACAUCUUGUUAACUCUGAGGCAAAGAGCAUCAGCACCGAGAACGUUCCCACUGGCUACAUUCUCUCAUACGUUACCCACGGCAACCGGCUACUCGGUAGUUACUUUUCUGACACCCACACUCACCUCUACGUCGCGAGCAACGCUGCCAGCUCUACCCCUGCCUCGACCGAUACUAUCGACAUACUCUCUCGGAUCUUGAAAGGAGGGUUCUGCUUCGCUUGCCACUCCGAGUCCCCUCGCCGAGUGUCGAGCAAGCUGGAGGUGGAUAUCGCGAGGCUUAAAGAACAUGACGACAAGUACAAGGGCUUUGUCCAUAUCAAGUGUGGGGGUAUGUUGCCUUUCAUGAGGACGAAGAGGUUGGUGAAGAAGGCUGCUGGCAUUUAA